CAGACAGAUGUGUUGUGUGCCUUUUUUACAAUAAAUAAAUUAAAUAGAAUAAUAAAAUUAUAUUUUAAUUUUAUUAUUCUAAAUAAUUUAGCGGUUGCUGUCGGUUGUCGGUGCCGGUGGUUUUCGGUGGAAAAAACAAAAAGUUGUUAAAUAAUAUACUUGUUGCUGUGUACAACUCACAGGAUCUCGGCGCCAAGUCAAGUUUAGUUUUAGUUUAGUUUGCCAUUGCCUUAGGACAGGCAGGCUAAUCGGUGUGUAUGUGGUGACUUUAGUUGAUACCUUAGCACAAAAACUAUUCAUAUAAAAAGAAAACACAGUGCUUCAACAAAUUAAAAAAUUAAUUAACUGGUUUUUUUGAGAAGUUCCUUUAGUGGUUUGUUCAUCUACAUUAAACUAUAGACAGAAAAAUGGCUAUAUCUAGAAGAUUUUUAAAAUUAAACUCUAAUAUAUUUACGUUUUACAAGAUAAGUUGGAAUGCGUACAGUACAAUAAACAGGAGCAAAAUAUAUGGUGAUGUAAAUGAGGCAAUUAAAGAUGUUAAGGAUGGUUCCAAACUGUUGGUCGGAGGAUUUGGACUAUGUGGAAUACCUGAGAAUCUUAUCAAAGCUUUAAACAAUAAGCCUGUCACACAGCUAACUGUUGUGUCUAAUAAUGCAGGCGUGGAUGAUUUUGGGUUAGGUGUAUUGCUUAAAAAAAAGCAAAUUAAAAGAAUGAUUGCAUCGUAUGUUGGAGAAAAUGCAGAAUUUGAGAGACAAUAUUUAAGUGGAGAAUUGGAGGUAGAACUAACUCCUCAAGGAACACUAGCUGAAAGGAUAAGGGCAGGAGGGGCUGGUAUACCAGCCUUUUAUACUCCAACUGGUUAUGGGACUUUGAUCCACGAGGGUGGUGCUCCUAUCAAAUACACUAAGGAUGGAAAGGUAGACAUAGCAAGUUCUGCCAGAAAUGUCCAACAGUUCAAUGGAAAUAAUUACAUAAUGGAAGAAGCCAUCACUGGUGAUUUUGCACUGGUUAAAGCCUGGAAAGCAGAUAAGCACGGCAAUUUGAUAUUCAGGAAGAGCGCUCGCAACUUCAAUCCAGCAAUUUGUAAAGCUGCUAGAAUAACUAUUGCCGAAGUUGAAGAAAUAGUGGAUGAAAUUGAACCAGACAUAGUACAUGUUCCGUCCAUAUAUGUACAUAGGAUUGUUUUAGGAGACAAAUUCGAAAAACGCAUUGAAAGAAGAACUAUAAGUAAACCUCAAGAAAGCAAAGGCACUAAACCUUCAGAUUUGAUGAGGGAACGAAUUAUAAGAAGAGCAGCUUUAGAAUUUAAAGAUGGCAUGCAUGCAAAUUUAGGAAUUGGGAUGCCGAUGCUUGCUAGCAACUAUGUCCCGAAAAAUGUAAAAAUUCUGUUGCAGUCUGAAAACGGUAUUCUCGGUCUGGGACCGUUCCCUAGCGAGGAAGAUGUCGACGCUGAUCUUAUUAACGCUGGGAAGGAAACCGUCACCAUACUACCUGGAGCGUCGUUUUUCUCAUCAGACGACAGUUUCGCGAUGAUAAGAGGAGGCCAUAUUGAUUUAACGAUACUGGGAGCCAUGCAAGUGUCGCGGUUUGGAGACUUGGCCAAUUGGAUGAUUCCUGGUAAAAUGGUAAAAGGUAUGGGGGGUGCGAUGGACUUGGUGUCCGCGCCGAGGACCAAAGUGAUAGUGACUAUGGAGCACGCGGCGAAAAAUGGCGCCCAUAAAAUACUGCCGGAAUGUUCGUUGCCGCUGACCGGGAAGAACUGUGUGGACAUGAUCAUCACAGAGAAGUGCGUUUUUGAAGUGGAUAAAGAAAAGGGUCUGACUCUAACGGAAUUGGCCGACGGAGUGACCGUCGAGGAUGUUCUCGUCAGUACGGGCUGCGAGUUCAACGUUGCGCCAACGUUGAAGAAAAUGGGUGACGUCACACAAAUUGACAAUGCAUAAAGGUCACUAAUUCCUACAAAUACGACCGUAAUUGAUAUAGAAAAUAAGAGGAAAAAUCUGUUUUACAAAGGGAAGGACAAUGGGAAAAUUGUUGUAUAUACAUAACCACAAUGUCUAAUCUCAACUAUUUUCUUUUGAUAUCACAUUCCUAUUAAAAUCUGCCAAGGCUUGGGGUUCUUGAUCUAUUGACUCAUGUAUUCCCUCACCCUUUUAAUGUGGUUGAUUAUAUUAAUGAGAGCUCAACUUACGUUGGACAUUUCUACAGGAUGUCGCAUAAUUAUCCUUUAUUUAUUAAAUUAUCAAAUCAAUUUUAAUUAAUUUAUUAAAUUUGAUUUGAUCUAAAUAAAUUUACUAAAUUUGAUUUGAUUAAUUUAGACUAAAGUUCUCUACUAAACGAAAAAAAAAUAUUAACAGGAGAAAAAUAGUAAAUAGUAAAAAUAGUAUACUUACAAAGAAAAAAUUUUACUUUCGAUUGCCAAAUUUCUGAAAUAAAUAUUCAAUUAGGUAAUCGAAAAAUGUCAACAUGCUUAUUAUAAUAUUUUAAACGUCCAGUUAAUAAAAUUAAUUUUAAAUUAAUUUUAUAAUAAAAAAUCGAAACUGGACGUUUAAAAUAUUUAGUUAAAAAAAAAUUGUACGAAUUAAAAUAGAGUGAAAGUUUUUUUUUUCAUUUACAUAAAUAAAAAAAAUAUGUUCCAAUUAUAUUUAUUGAUGUAAAUAACAAUAUUAAAUUGACCAUAUUUUAUAUUAUUUAAUAAGAAAAAAUAUCAGUAAUCAGAGUGUAUUAACUUUUUUUUGCAUAUCGUGUAACUUUGUUAUUUCUAGUCUUUAAGAGUCAUUUUAAAUUUUUUCUGAUUAACAUACAUUACUUAAAAGUUGAAAUAUCAUUGUAAAUCUACAGAGCUCAACUUGUUAAUACUAACUUAUUCUUAAGUUUUAAAAUCAAUAUUACAUAUAUUUUUUGUUUAUGACUGAUUUAUUUUUAUAUUAUUGUACAUAC